CGAGUUACAGCUCGGUGAUUCGCGCCCGGGUACAGCCUGCAGUUGGUGAGGCGCUGGGGUCUCCGGUGCCCGCGCUUCGCGUGGUGAUCGAACCUUCUGUGUAUUAUAAAGAGCCCGAGACCAUGGAGCAGCUGGCGGCCGGAGAGGCGCAGGAGACACCAGUGACUAUAAAAAAUAUAGAACGGGAACUUAUUUGUCCUGCUUGCAAGGAGUUAUAUACGCAUCCGCUGAUCCUGCCCUGUCAGCACAGUAUCUGUCACAAGUGUGUUAAAGAGCUUCUCUUCAUGACACUUGAAGACUCGACUGAUGUCAGCUCUGAAGCAUCUACUCCGGGAAGCCCACGUGGUCGCAUACAGUCUCCUAGUGUUGAGCGGAUUGACAGACUCCUACGAUCAGGCUCCAAACGCAAUUCGUUGACCCCCAAGUUGACCACUUUAUCCUGCCCAGGAUGCCUGCACGACAUAGAGCUUGGGGAUCGGGGCAUCAGUGGACUCUUCAGGAAUUUCACCCUAGAAACCAUUGUGGAACGAUACAGACAGGCCGCUCGUGCUGCCACUGCUAUCAUGUGCGAUUAUUGCAAACCUCCAGCCCAGGAAUCCACCAAAAGCUGCAUGGACUGUAAUGCCAGCUUCUGCAAUGAAUGCUUUAAAAUCCACCAUCCCUGGGGAACCAUAAAAGCCCAGCAUGAAUAUGUAGGACCAACUACAAACUUCAGACCAAAGGUACUCAUGUGUCCAGAACAUGAAACAGAGAAAGUAAACAUGUACUGUGAAAUCUGCAGGAGGCCCGUGUGUCAUCUGUGUAAAUUAGCAGGUGCACACGCAAACCACAGAGUGACCACGAUGAGUACUGCAUAUAAAACGCUGAAGGAAAAGCUUACAAAGGGUAUAAGCUAUUUAAUUAGUAAAGAAAGUCAAGUAAGGAACCAGAUCUGUGAACUGGAACUACUCAUUCAACGGACGGAGAGCCACAGUGAGCGAGUGAAAGAAGAGGCAACGUACAACUUUGAAAAGUUGUAUAACAUUUUAGAGGACCGGAAAUCUUUUGUCUUAAAAUCCAUAGAGAAUUCAAGGACUACAAGACUGGAGAAACUGCAGAAUCAGUUGGAGGAAUACCAGGGCCUCUUGGAAAACAAUGGCCUUGUUGGCUAUGCACAGGAGGUACUAAAGGAAACUGAUCAAUCCUGCUUUGUCCAAAUUGCAAAACAGCUGCAUACCAGAAUUCAAAAAGCAAGCGAAUCUCUGAAGAUAUUUUGUCCAGCAGCAGAUUGUAGUUUUGAAGAAUAUUUAAUUGAUGUCUCUAGGGAAGAAGAGCUACUGAAUGAUCUUGCCUUCUCCAAAGCUCUUGAUGUACCAGAAAUCAAUACAGAACAAAGCAAGAUUUAUAACAAAGCCAAGAUUUGCUGGCAGCCGCCCAGCGAUGCUGGUAGAGCAGACAGCUAUGUCCUAGAAUAUCGAAAACUUGACAAGAGUGAGGAUCUCUUGUGGAAGGAGGUUGAAACCUCCUCUACUAGCAAAAUAAUUUCUGACCUUGAAAUAAACAGUGCAUACGCAUUCAGAGUCCGUGGAUAUAGAGAUUCAGCCUGCAGCGCCCAGAGCAAGGAAGUCCUCCUCCAUACACCGCCCGCCCCAGUGUUUAAUUUUCUGUUUGAUGACAAAUGUGGCUAUAACAAAGAACAUCUUCAGCUUAAUGACAGAAGGGACUCUGUGGAAAGUGUGGCUGGCUUCCCGCUGCUGCUUGGGGCAGAAAGAGUUCAAGUUGGUUGCUACAUGUGUCUUGAUUACAUCAUUGGAGAUUCUGGGAUCACUAAAGGCAGGCAUUUCUGGUCCUUCUCUGUUGAGCCAUUUUCAUACCUGGUGAAAGUUGGAGUGGCAUCAGACAUUAAAUUGCAGGAAUGGCUUCAUAACCCCCGUGAUAUAAGCAGUCCAAGAUAUGAUCAGGACAGUGGUCAUGAUAGCGGGAGUGAGGAUGUUACGUUUGAUUCUUCACAGCCUUUCACUCUGGCUACUGUAGGAAUGAAAAAGUUUUUCAUCCCAAAAGCUUCAAAUGUCGUGAGUACCUAUACAGAACGGAUUCUCCCUCUCCCAACCCGGGUAGGAGUUUGUCUGGACUACGACAAAGGCAUAGUUGGUUUCUACGAUGCCAAUAACAUGCAAUGUUUGUAUGAGCGUGAAGUCGACUGCGUUGGAACAAUGUACCCGGCUUUCGCAUUAAUGGGUGGAGGAGAAAUUCGUCUGGAGGAAUUCAUUACUGUGAAUCACCUGGAUUAUUCUCAUGAAAUGUAACUGCAGUAUCGUGGUCAUUUUUGCACUGAGAAGCAUGUUCAUGGCAAUUUAUCAUACUACGAAAAUUAAUACAUGGGUUGUU